GUGUGUGGAUUAUGCAAUCACUAACGAACCUAAACUGAAAAAAAUAUUUCACUCUGGUUUCUAAAACCAUUUUCCCGACACUUGCGUUCCUACUCACGCACCUGCGAGAGAGAAGGGAGACAAAGUGGUCUCCAGUUUGUAUAGUUGCUUAAACGUGUACAAAGAUACAUGACUUUUCCGAGCAACUCCUACUGUACGCUAUUGCUUGAUUCAACAACCUGGCCCCUCAUUCAAAACGGGACCAACUUUCACAAAUUGCGUGAUAGAAUUUAGGAGAAGAACUACAUUUCGAGGUGGAGUAUAAUAAUUCGAGGCCAACCAGUGACUGGGAGACGUUCGAAUACGGGGGCGUGAUCCACAAAACAUUGUUCCAACUUCAGAAAGCUCCACCCUCCAGCCACUGCGAAGCGUUUAUAUUCCUGUGCAGAGGAGAGGUAGUUAGUGAAGCACUCUAGUUCAGCGCUUCUCGAGGGAAGAAUCUACAACCCAAUUACAAGGAACUUACUUUCCACAACUUGUCUCAACUCAUCUCCGCCACUGGAAUUGCAUAUUUCGAUUUUUCAAGAACUUUCAAAUUGCUCUAAAAAAAAGAAACAGUCGUGGCACGAUCUACAACAGUUGUCUCGUGCGUUGAAGGAUCCUGGUUGGUCCUCCAUGAGAGAUCUACUGCGACAAACAUCCGAGAAAGAGAUGUCUGCAACCAUGUUGUCCGCUUUGUACGACAUCGACAUGCUUUACAAGCAAGAUAAAACCAUGAACAUGAACGCUAUGAAUCACAUCAAUAGCAUGCUGGAUAAUAAAGCGGUGGGGGCUCCAGUGACACCUACACAAAGUUCCAACAGUUUUUCUUUCACGCCGGGAUUUUUCCGUAGAAACUCGACCAGCAACAUGGAAGCAAUGAUCAACAGCAACAAGUACUCCGUCAACCCCUACAGUAAUUUGAAGGAGAACACGAGCAGUAGCACUGCCAUUAUGAACAAGGAGAACAAGUUCCGUGACAGGGCAUACAGCGAGAACAGUGACCGCAGCCAGCAGCUGCAGAUCCUACAGCAGAAGCCGGGCUCUCAGAUCAACUCCACGCGCUACAAGACCGAACUCUGCAGGCCCUUCGAGGAGAACGGAGCAUGCAAAUAUGGAGAGAAGUGCCAGUUUGCGCACGGCUACCACGAGCUGAGAAAUUUGUCUCGCCACCCCAAGUACAAAACCGAGCCCUGUCGCACUUUCCACACUAUUGGCUUCUGCCCCUACGGUCCCCGCUGUCAUUUUAUCCACAAUGCUGAUGAGCGCAGACCUGCUCCAAUCAACGCCAACAUGCAGGGGGAACCCAAGUCAGGUCGGGAGCUCUGUGGCUAUGGUCAAAGGGAUGUUGUUCUGCAGCAAGGUGGGCACAACCGGGACAGACCAAAGCUUCACCACAGCCAGAGUUUUUCUGGCUUUUCCAGCCACCAUGGACUUGAGUCGCCACUGCUCGAGAGCCCCACAUCGCGCACCCCACCACCCCCCUCUUCUUGCUCUCCCAACUAUUAUGAGGACAUGCUGUCUCCCAACUCCAUGUCUUGUGUGAACAGUGCAUUCAAUUUCCCUGGGCAGGACCUGAAAGCCUUACUUGCUCCCCUUGCCAUGCACACUCAGAACGUCUAUGCCAACAACCAGUUCAACGCCUACUACGGAAACAUUCAAGCUAACGUGUGCCCCCCUUCUCCCCCUUCAUACAACAUGAGCCACUUGCAGUCCCUGCGCCGCCGCCUCAACGAGUCGCCGGUGUUCGACUCCCCUCCCAGCCCGCCCGACUCCCUCUCAGACCUGGAGAGCUAUGCGAGCGGGUCCCUCAGCUCUUCUGGGAGUCUCAGCGGCUCCGAGUCCCCAAGUUUGGAUGCUGGGAAACGUCUGCCGAUCUUCAGCAGGCUGUCGAUUUCAGAUGACUAAGCAUCCUAAUCAUGUUAUUUUCAAUAUGGUUGAAAAUGAUCCUUGACAUGGCAUUAGUUGUUCCUUGUUGUAAUGGUAUAUAGCUGUAUAAAAGUAGAUAUCAACAGAAGGCAUUCCAUCAGCGACUUAUUUGAGCUGCAAUUUAAUGGCAGUAUUUUUUUUUUUUUUUUUUUUUUUUUUUUUUUUUUUGGUCUAUCGGGCAAGCCACACUUCCCUGGGAUAGAUGUGUACAAAACUUGACACUGUAAAGUGGUUUCAGAUUUCCUCCAUCCUGCCGAGAAUAUGCCUUGACACAAUGUAACGUCUAUUUUUCAAAGUAUGUGUUCCUUUUAUGAGCGUUUAAACUUCCAUUCCAGAACUUUAAUCUGUUUCACAGCACCACAACAGUGGUUUGUUGCUUAGUUUGAAAAGCACUCGCGUUCGGUUUGUUUGGGGAAAUCACUGAUGGUUGAAUCAUUUAUUUUUUUUCAUUUUAAAUUUUUUUUUUUUUUUUGCUGUUUUGAGUGAUUUACAUAGCAGUGUGUAACUGGCUAUGACCUAUUUAACUUAUUUAUUAUCUUGUGAAAAGUAUAGGCUAUACAUCAUUGGUAAUUUGUGUCCAUACUGUAUUUAUCAAGUAUGAUGAAGCAAUAGAUCUAUAUUCUUUUAUGUUUUAAAUUAUGAUCGCCAUUAUUAAUCUGCAUAAAGUGGAGUGUAUGUUCUUUUCACAGUAAUAUAUAUUUUGUUUUUGGUUUCCAUUUUGUAACUUCACUUAUUUUUAUUGUAAAUGAGUAAAAAAAGAUCUUAAUUUAAGAGGACAUGUGAUAUUUAUUUCAUUAAUUUUGUUUACGUUUAUUAAAACAAGUUUGCGUGAUUGCUGUUUGUUCAGAGUUUGCUUGUAAGAGCUGUGGAAGCCGUUUUGAGUCCCUAUCUAGUUGUUUCUGUAGAAUGUAUAAAUGAUGUGGUUUUGCAGACCGUCCAAACCUGAGCUAGCCUUAAGUUUUUUUUUUUAGUGUUUUAUUUUUUAUAUAUAUAUAGAUCAGACUUCAGUGACAAAGAACCCAAGUAAAUAAAUUAACCAAAAAAGUAUUUGUUUUCUUCUGUUUGUACGAGGUCACACUGAUUCCAGCCACGUGCUAAAGAAUGUAGCAAUCCCUUGUGCCCCAGUAUUAUUGUGUAGUGCCUACGGAGUUCACCAUCUUACAUGCCUUAACAUUAACCAAAUAAAGUAUUUUUCCUACAUGUAUAUUUUACACAAGUUGAAUUGAAUGUAGUGUUGGAGCUGAAUGACUUUUGCAGGUGGUUACCACUUUUCUAAGACACCUUGGGAAGACUAUACCUUAUUUCUUUUGUUGAAAUUCCCUGUUUCUCUACACUUAUUUAGAUUGACUAGUCAAACAAUCUCAAAGGAAGAGGGGGGAGCAGUCUUCAGAAUUUUCUGGAUGGGGAAGUGAUUGAACGUUUGUACAUAGUAGGUACAGGGGUUGCGCACUGUGCUUUUUGACUACUUUAUCAGAAGUAAAGCUUUUUGAAUGUAAUUAAAAACGGACAAAAAGACAGUUGUAGUAAUUUUUGGGGGCGGGGGUAGUCGGUUCACUACAAAUUGAGUGUAAGACUUUGUACUGUACAUUUUUUUUUUGUAGUUCUCCCAAUAAAAUCAUUUUGAAAAAUA